UCAUAUUUCUCUCUCAUAUCUCUUUCUCUCUCUCUCUCUCUCUCUCUCUCUCUCUCUCUCUCUCUCUCACCUAAAAAUCGCUGUCUUUCAGUUUGUGCACCCAUCUCACCCAUCUCCUUUCUCUUUCUGAAAGCCCUGUCAGCCAUGAGAGUGAGAGCCAGCACCACCAUAAUCUAAAGCGCCCCCCCCCCCCCCGGGGCAUAAAAUUUGUUCCAAAAAACUCACAGUACCAUUUGGGAUUUUUAGUACAUGAUGCUUCCAUAUUUCUAUGAUAUGCUUUUCAUUCCUGCAUGAAAAAAAAAAAAAUCCAAGUCUUAUUAUUAUUAUUUUAAUUUCAUAGCUCACAUCACAUAUGAUGGCCUUCCCUCCUUGUCACAGUUUCAUGUUUCAAACCCAUGAAGAUCCAGACCUCCACCUUGCUAAUUCCUCUUGCCCUCCUCAGCACUUCCAUGGUGGUGGAAUGCCUUUUAUGAUGAAGAGAUCACUGUCGUUUUCAGGUGUUGAGAACAAUAGAUGCCACCAUCACGACCAAGAAGCGGCGCUGCAUGGAGGAGGAGGAGGGGAUGAUGAUUUGUCCGACGACGGAUCCCAGAUGGGAGAGAAGAAGAAGAGGCUGAAUCUUGAGCAGGUCAAGACUCUGGAGAAGAGCUUCGAAAUAGGGAACAAGCUAGAACCGGAGAGAAAAAUGCAGCUGGCUAAGGCACUCGGUUUGCAGCCGAGACAGAUUGCUAUAUGGUUUCAGAACAGAAGGGCAAGGUGGAAGACAAAGCAGUUGGAGAAAGACUACGAUGUUUUGAGGAACAAAUUUGAUGCUCUUAAGGCUGACAAUGAUGCCCUUCAGGCUCACAAUAAGAAGCUUCAAGCUGAGUUAUUGGCUCUAAAAAGCAAAGAUUCAUCAAAUGAAGGAGGGUUUAAUUUCAAGAAAGAAACUGAUCCGGGUUCUUGGAGCAAUGGAAGUGAGAACAGUUCUGACCACCACCACCACCAUCAUCUCAACUUAGAAAUUUCAAGAACAACGGCAACCACCAGCAGCCCACCUUCUGAUUCUCCUCAGAUGAACGGAAAAAACCUCUUUCCACCGUCCUCCUCCUCCCUCAGGUCUGCAAGCACAACCCAUCUCCUCCAAGGAUCAUCGAGGUCAGAUCUUCAGUCCCUCAAACUUGAUCAGAUGAUUCAGGACGAAGGAUUGUGCAGCAUGUUCAAUGGCAUUGAUCAAGAGCAGCAAGGGUUUUGGCCAUGGCCUGAGCAGCAGCAUUUUCAUUAAUUGGAUUGAUCAUCCAAUUAAAUUCCAAACCCUGAAGAUUAAUUACAUUAUUCUCAAGCAAGUUUGGGCAAGGCUCAGUGAUCAGACAAGUAAUUAAAUAUUCAAGGAUCAUCGAGUUUUAGUUAAAUAUUCAAGGUUUUUUUUUUUUUUUUUUUUUUUUUUUAUGUACAGAGUUCCACUUUUGCUUCAUCAAUUUCAUCAGUUGGGCUGAAAAAUCAGUGUGGGGGAAUUGAUUUGACUCUGAAUAAGACUUCAAUUCUAGUUUA